CCGGUCGCGCCUGGGCCGGAGCAUCCCGAGCCGGAGCAUCCCGGCGGAGUCAGCCGUCUGCUUUUCGAGGGAGAUCGACACUCCGGGUGUGGGGUGUUUUUUCUUGUCUCUGCCCUAACCCGGUGCGCGUUGUUCGUGCUCUCGGUGCCAGCGGAGCCUCGGCGAACACGGCUGCCCGGCGGCCGAGCGCUGCCGCUCGCACGUUCCCGCAGCGCCGGGGCCGCUCGCUGCCGCUGUCCGGCGCCGAGCGGUGCCGCGCCGGCUGAGGCGGGUCCCGGCGGGUCCCCGGCGGGUUUGGGAAGCUGCUGUGCGCCCUGGAACAGCUCCCGCCGCGCCUCGACCGUGCUGCUGCUCCGAGGGAGCAUCUUCAGCGGUUUGCCUGUCCUGUGGUGUAACCAAGGGCAUUUGAUUUUCACGAGCGUUUAACCGAGGGGCUUUUCUCAGCAUGCAGUCCCUUUAGAUUUGGGCGUGAUCACCAACCACAUCCUCUGCAUUGGACAUUUGGCUUCUAUUUCCAUAUCUUCUUCCUGCUUUUCUGAAGGAUAAAAUCUUAAAUUGUCCUGGACUUGAGCAGUAAAGGAUAAAUUCAUUCACUGGCUGACUUGUCAUCUCACCAUUAUGAUGGAAAAAUGUUCGCUUAAAAUAAACCCUUUUUAUGCCACUAAAACUGCCUUCAAAUACAAGAUCUGUUGUGAUUUUUAAAACACAAACCCAGCAAUGUCAGAACCUGACCCUUCGUCUGGAUUUGUGGGAAGCAUGGAAAAUGGGACUUUUCUGGAGCUGUAUCCCACAUCCCUUUCAACUUCAGUGGAUUCAUCGCCCGGCCGUUUAUCCAAUGUCUAUGUCUAUGUUUCUAUAUUCCUUAGUCUCUUAGCUUUUCUCCUUUUGCUACUGAUCAUUGCACUUCAGAGGCUGAAAAACAUAAUUUCUUCCAGUUCCUCCUACCCUGAAUACAAUAGUGAUGCUGGAAGUUCAUUCACUAAUUUAGAGGUUUGCAGUAUUUCUUCCCAGCGCUCUGCCCUCUCAAACCUUUCUUCGUGAAAACAGAUGAAAGGAAACACAGGGAAUGGAAGAGCUUUGUCUAGUUUCUUGGGGAAGUAGUGCAUGUAACAUUUGCCUUAGAAGACUAUUAUCAAGAGGUGUUUUUAAAAGUUCCCUUGUUUUUUUCCCCUUUCCUUUUCUAGUUUUCA